AUGUCUAGCUUUUACUCCUCGUCCUCCACCCUUAUUCUCCUCCUCUUCCUCUUCUCCAUUCUCUCAUUUUCCUCUCAAGCCUUCGACGAAAACCGCGCUGGCCGACGAGGCCUCGUCACCGUCGACCUCAUCCGCCGCGGCUACCCCGGCUCCCCCACUUACGACCCUUCCGUAUCCCGUUUCGACCUCCUCCGCUCCUCUUUCCGCCGCUCGGCCGCCCGCAAAUCCUUCCUCAACCACCGCAAAACCUCCGAUGCCGUCACCGCCCCGAUGUCCCCCGACAGCUCUGAGUACCUGAUGGAGGUCAGCCUCGGCACCCCUCCCGUCAAAGUCCACGCCGUCGCCGACACUGGCAGUGACCUCAUAUGGGUCCAGUGCCAGCCGUGCACGAAUUGCUACUCCCAAAACGACCCGUUCUUCGACUCCACCCAAUCCUCCACCUACCAAACCCAAUCGUGCGACUCCACGCCGUGCUCCUUCCUCGACACCCUCGGUUCCUGCGACGACGACAACUCGUGCAAGUACAAAUACUCGUACGGAGACGGAUCGAACACGACCGGCGACCUCGCGUCCGAGACCCUCACCGUCGGCUCUGCCCCCUUCGCGAACGUCACGAUCGGCUGCGGCCACGACAACGAAGGCCUGUUCAGCGCGAGCGGGUCGGGGAUCGUCGGCCUCGGCGGCGGGAAUCUCUCCAUCGUCUCACAGCUCGGUCUCGACGAAUUCUCGUACUGCCUGACCUCCGUCGGGUCAGACAGCACGAGCACGAUUAGCUUCGGGAGCGGGUCGGGGCCCGUCGGGUCAGGCGUGGUCUCGACACCGCUCUCGAUUGAUGAGACAUUCUACUACCUAACCCUAGACAGUGUGACCGUCGACGGCGGGUCGACCCAGAUCGAGUACGGGUCGGAGGACGGGAGCAACAAAAUUGUAAUAGACUCGGGGACGACGUUGACGUAUUUGCCCUCGGAUAUUUACAACAGUUUGGAGGCGGAUCUUGUGAAUGCGGUGCGCGGUCAUAAGGUUGACCCGCGGGAUGACACGUUCAGGGUGUGCUACCAGAAAGAGGGGUUGCAGGCGCCGACGGUGGUGGUGCAUUUUAGCGGAGGGGCUGACGUGGAGCUGGAGCAGGAUAACACGUUUACUGAAGUGGAUGAUGGGAUUCUAUGCCUGACGAUGGUGCCGGCGGAUGACGAUAACUACAUUUUCGGGAACUUGAACCAGAUGAAUUACUGGGUCGGGUACGAUAUUGCUGGGGGGAAGGUCAGUUUUCAAAAGAGCGAUUGUGCGGCGGAAAGCGCUGCGCAUUUGAUUGGUUAA